ACAGUGCUGAGAUAAGACUGUGGCUUGUUUUGGAAAUAGAAUAAAGUACCUGGGGUAUUACAGCAGCUGCUGCAUUAUUGGUAUUUUGAAAGCAUCCAUGAGCAGUGGACAAAUGUGGAAAGCUGUGGCUGCUGCACGUCUCUCCUUCAAGCACUGUGCCUGCCCCAGGCUCCACAGGGGUGGCUCUGUGCUACCAAGAGGCUGGUUAUUCCACAGCCAGCUCGGCAAGAGCCUCGGUGGAGGAAUGGUGACCUCUGCAGGUGCCUCAGUCCCGCAGCCACAUCCCCGCACGGGCUCCUUCCACCACGCUCAAGGUGUACUUUGGGUCGCUUUCAUCUUUGGGAAAUUAAAGUAGAGAAAAUUAAAUGUAUAUUUGAUGAUGACAUGGCAACACCAAAUCAGCUCGAGAACACGGGCACGCGUUAAUUUAAGAAAUAAAUGUUCAUCGCUGAGAAGUCAGAAAACAAUACUUCAAAGGACAAAAACUUCAAAGCACCCUAUAACUUCAAAGCACUGCACCAACAGUAAUAAACACUUAGGACGUGUCUGUGAGGUAGAAAAAAAAUUUUCCUUUUCCAAUGCUUGUGUAAACAGGGAACAGGGAUUAAGGGAUUUGCCCAAGGACACAAGUUAGGAGCAAAACUGAGAUUGCAUGUCAGAAAUAACUGACUCAAGUGUCCCAGCUACAGCCAGAUUUAAACAGUUCCCUGCACAGACACCUAUUCAGCAGAGGCCAGAAUUGAUAUCUUUCCUAUCAAGGGCAUCACCUGCCCUUCAAACCUACAAAUUUAGCAAAGCUCACCAUUUUCUUUUCAAAAUAACUGAAUAAAUAGCCUUUUAAAAUAAUCUAAUAAUCCAGUCCUUGGAUACAUGGAGCUAAAGAAGGCAGCAGAAAUAAAAGUGAUCUGUGAAGUACCUCAUGCCCCUGUGACAAAAAAUAAAUAUAAAAGACAACAAAGCAGCCCGAAGAUUUGCCCCUUCCUUCUCUCCAAUUUACUUGUUUUCUUAGACCUCUGGUAAUAAUAAAUAGUGCCAAUUUUAUUUUUAAUGUGGAGUUUACUGCUGAUCUGACAUAUCUGUGGUCUCAUGCACUUAAUUAAAAGAGAAGAGGUGUUGAGCCUUAAUAUUUUUCUCUUCUCUAAAACAUUUACAUGUCAAAUAAAGUGAGUUAGUAAGUGAAAAAGAUACAAACAAAAAAGCAUGCUUCAAAUAGCCAAUUUAGAAUCUCUUUGUGAAGUCACUGUUGGAACAAAGGCUUAAUUCUAAAAGUGGCUAAAAUAAUAAUUUAAAAAUAAGGGCUUUUAAAGCAUAAUUUCUUAAAUCUAUACAACAAGCUUCCAAAACUUUCUUGCCAAAUAUGAUUCUUGUUUUAAGACAGAAUUUCCUCAUAAGUCACAUAUUUACAAUGAGAAAUUUUAAAAAAAUGCAUAAUUAUAUUUUGAGGACUGUGAUUUGCAUCUCAUAACACAUCAUUUGCUGCUCAUUACUUUCCAAAAUAAAGUGAAGUGACUCUGAAAGAGGUGCUGCCUGCAAAUAUUGUUCAAAUGUUCCUCCUCAAGGCCAGGGAGGAGAACUGCACCCUUCCAUCUCUACUAGGACCUGCUGACCAAGGAAAUUCCUGUAUUCACAACACUGGGAAAUUAGUGCCAUACUAAUGGAAUCUUAAAGAAUAUCAUCUUUUUUUAUUCCUUUCAGAAGUUCAAAAAGUUCCUGUGCCAUCUAGAAUAACUCUGCUCAGCAUCCACAUGACAUUUUCCACUGCCAGAGCUCACAACUUUCCUGUGAAGAAUUGUUAUCUUUGUUUUGCACAGGAAGAAUAAUAAGGAAAACAUGAAGAUCCCAUUUCCCCAAACUGAGUGAGGACUGAUUCACUCAAGGCACAGAGAGAUCCUCAGGACUUGGGUCAGUCAAAUCUGAAGACUGAAUAAUUUGCAGCUUACAGGCUGAGCCAGUGGCAGAUUUGGGAACACCAUUCAGUCCACAUGAAACCAUGCUAUGAAUUAACAAUCAUUAACUAAAUGACAAAAGUUUUGCUAUUCUUGGUGUAGUGCCCUUCUUUGCAUUUCAGAGGAAUUACUGGGCUCUUAAAUUGGCUGUCAAAUUUGCUGACUUGGUAACUGGCUGGCUUUCAAAAUAUAUAUUAAAAUUCUUGCCUUUCCCAGCUAUUUCUUCAAUAAAAGUUUUUUUAAAUAGAAUAAAUUUUGCGAUCUUACUUAUAAAGUUAAAGUCAACAGCAAAAAAUUAAAAAUCUUAUCAGUCACCUUGUACAUACUAUUAAAGAAAAUACAUGCAAAGGGAGCAGGACCCAGCAGAAAGGGCACUGAAAUAAGAAACUGAUGGCAAAAUUUCCCAUUUGCUUAAAUAAGGUCAAGCUUUUGGCUUUUCAGCUCAUUUUACCUCCAGAUUUUCCCAAACUCUCUAAUCUCAAUUUCUCUCUCAAUUGGUUUCAAAAUGUGUGGAUAAUUACUAUUUUAUUUCCUUCCCUUCCACAGGGAAUUUAAACACCAAUAAGUUAAAUUAAUUACAGCCAAAGUCCUACAUCCAUAUGGAAGACUACACAGAUUUGAAGCUCUAAUUAUACUUUAAAUAUUGCACACUGAAUCAGAUGCCUUGAUCCACCUCAUGUAAAAGAAUUAACUUCCAGACAGACUCUGGGUUAGAGCAGGAAUGACAAGCUAAAUGGCCUUAAAUAUACCCCUGACUGGAGUUGUAACUCAUAUUAGAAAGGCUGGAUCACUUUUUAUAACCAGCUGCUCAUACAGUUUAUUUUUAUCUAGGCCUUUAUGCUUUUACUUCAUUACAUUACAGGGUUUUCACCUGCAUAGCUGGCAGUGUGCACUCUUUCAUUUCAGAUCAUACAAGGUGUGUGAUCAUGGCAACAGUAACUAUGCUGUGAAUUUUCUUUUGUCAUGUUUAAUUGACUGGUCAUUUAGGAACCAGCUUGGCCAGAGGAACAGAGAAACUCGACUAACAGCUAUCUUCUAUUCAAACACCAGAUUCACAAAAGCAUUUUUUUAAUCCCUAAUUAUGAAUUAAAAAUCUGGAAGAAGCUUUCCAAGUGAAAUAUCUUUACAUAUCACAGACUUUUGUUUUGUUAUUAAGCUGUACUCGUUGCUAAGGAAGAACAGAGAAGAUCAAAGGACUUUUAACAACCAGAAACUCAAAGGUGAGGGAGUUUUGAUUUCUUUAAAGAUUUAUCACUGAUCUACAAUGGUUGUUAGUUCAUAGUUCUAUGAAAAGACUGAAAUUAUGUGAGCCUGCUUUGCUAUUUCCUAUUUAUUUCCGUCAAACAAUACCUCAAUUCACUUUUUGAUUAGCAACAUGAUCAGGCAUUCAAGCAGCCUGUUUACAAACCCAUAUGCAAUUGAAGUCCUAAGGACCAAAAAAGAAGAACUUGUCCAAGGCAUAAAUGACCCAGACCAGCUCCUGCACUGGCUGAUAGAAAAUGGUAUUUUUAGCCCAGAAAAAAAGCUGGUGCUGAGUUUCUACAGGACACGAACAGCAAAGAACUCUCGGGUGUUAGACAUACUCAUUUCUCAAGGUGAACGAGCCUGCAGGCUCUUUUUUUAUCCAUGUUUAAAGCAAGUGGAGCCAAAACUUUACAGCAAGAUAAGAAAAUACGUCAGUGAAGUAAAUGAAAGCAUUGGAGAUGCCAGAAGACAGUUGGUUGGGUAUUUACUUGAAAAAGAUAAAGUGUGGUUUGAAAACAGCAGCGAACAGCACCAGGGGAAUAAAGACAGACCUGGGGAGAAAAAGCACAAAGGGGCUAUUAAGAAGAAAGGAACAGUAACUCCGCUUUCAAGGGCAACAAAGCCUAGAAAAGAUCCUGCUGCUGUUGACAUCUUUGCUGCAGUAGCUAAAGGCUCCCUUCCUGAGCUAAAGAAAACACUGAAGGAUAAUGACCUCAAUGUGCUAAACCCCUCCAGUGAAACACUUCUGCACGUGGCAGCUGCUCAUGGCCAUCUAUCCAUCAUGGCACAUUUGCUCAGCAAAGGUGCAAGGACGGCUGUGAAGGACAGGAAAGGGAGAACAGCCCUGCACAGGGCUGCUGAGAAAGGCCAUGGAGGUGCAGUCAAGCUGCUUCUCCAAGGUGGUGCUUCCACGCACACUCUGGAUAAGGAAGGCAAGACACCACUCCACUGGGCUGCAGAGAACAACCACAGCCACAUUCUGAAGAUGCUCCUGAAAGAAGAGGCAAGGAGCUGCAGGAAUCAGCACACCUUUUUACACAUGGCAGCUCUUAGAGAUGAGAGCAGCCUGGCCAAAAUGCUUUUAGAGGCUGGUGCCUCCACUGAAGCAAGGGAUGAGAGAGGACAGACUGCUCUCAGUUAUGCUGUGUCUCGGGGAUCUGAAAACACUGCAAAAGUACUUCUAGAAGCUGGAGCCACUGUUGAUUCCAACACGGUUGAAAGAGCCUUCAACAGCAACCACCCAUCCAUCUUCAAAAUACUCCUGGAAUAUUCCAAAGAUUUGUCUGUUGACAUAAUGGAGUUAGCUCUUUUCAGAGCUGUAGAGAAGAAUCUGCACAGUGUUGUAGCAGCUUUAAUUGACAGAGGCACAGAUAUCAAUGCCCACAACAAAAAGCGUUACACUCCUUUGCUGCUGGCCUGUGAAAUGGGCAAAGCGGAGUCAGCAGAAGUUCUAAUGGACAAAGGAGCAAACUUGGGAAUACGGACUCCUGCUGCAGACACAGCUCUGCACCUGGCAGUGCGGGCUGGGGCUGCUUCCAUCGCAGGCCUGCUCCUGAGCAAGGGGAUGGACACAAACCUCAGGAACCAGGCUGAGGAAACCCCGCUCCACCUGGCUGCCCUCGGGAACCACGGGGCACUCGUUGGCCUCUUAGUCAGCGCUGGGGCCAGAAUCAACGCUGUCACCAAGGACUCUGCUACUCCCCUGCACAUGGCAAGUCAGAGAGGUCACGCUGAUGCUGCCCAGCAGCUGCUGCACCACAAAGCUCCUGUUAAUGCUCAGGACAAGCAGGCAAAGUCCCCUUUACAUCUGGCUGCUGAGCAGGGACACAAAACACUGGUGGAGAUGCUCCUGAAGGCCAGAGCUGAUCCCAACGCACAGGACAAGGAGAAGAUGACUCCCCUGCACGCUGCAGCUCUGAGGGGACACCUCAGCAUCGUGGAAGCGCUGUUGGCUAAGAAAGGGAGAGCUGGAGCUAAGGACAUGGAUGGAUGCACCCCGCUGCACUAUGCCACCAUGAAAGGAAACGCAGACAUCCUAAAAAUUCUCCUGGCCUCAGGGAAAAAUAAAAACAUCAACGACAGAAACGUCUGGAGGAAGACAGCCCUGCACAUUGCAGCGGAGUGUGGGCACGGGGAGCUGAUAAAUGUCCUGCUGAGGCACGGGGCUGCCAUCAACGCCUCGGACAGCAGCAGGGACACUGCCCUGCACUGCGCCUGCAGGGCUGGCCACCUCAGCGCUGUCAGUGCCCUCCUCAGCUGGGCUCGGGGGGAAAGGGCAAAUUUACUCGCUGUCAACAGCCUCAGAAAGACUCCGCUGCAAGUAGCGGAGUUUAAUAAGACAGAAAACCAGGCUCGAAUUUUAACGCUGUUGAGAAAGAAAAUGUUAAUAACAAAAUGAAGAUGUAAAGGAAAAAACUUUACAUUUAAGUGCAGAAUUCUCUUUGUUGUAAUUUGGAUAGUCCUAAUGUGGAAUAUGGUUGAGAAUUAUGCUUGGGCUGGCAGAAUUAGGUUAGCAAAGAUGAUCUUGGGGAAAAAAGGAUCUUAAAGACACUGUUAAACUUUUAAGUACUCAUUAGUCUUCUGGUUCUCUCAUGAAUCACAUAUUUGGGAUCUAUUUAAAAUGCUCUUGCCUUAUAAACAUUGUGUUUGAACUCUUUUAGUAUAAAUCAAUACAAAGACAGAAAAUACCUUUUCAUAUAUCUGUGAGUAUUAGCCUGUAUGGAUAGCUUAGUUAGGCAUUGUUCGGCAAAAUCACAAGUUAAAAAAACAUCUAUCAUCAAUAGGAAGAUGUCUGUAUUUCCUCAAGGUAUUUCUGAGACUACAACAAUAAUUAACAAUUAUUUUUCUUUCUAUCUUUUGUCAUACCAUUGUCUAGAUUUUGCAUUUUUAAAUAGAGAGAACAAAAACCAUCACAUUUGCCGUUUAUUAAUUUCACUUUUAUUCCAGAACAAAGACAAAAGAUGUAGAAUAAAAAGGUUGCAACAAA